GUCAUUUGUGAUCCACUUAUAAGUAGACACAUGAUAUGACAACGUUGUUGUUGUAGUAGUCGUCGGUUUCGUUGUAUAGUAUUUCAUCGCCAUUCAGUCAGUUGUUUACAAAUUUCAACUGACUGAAAUAAUUCACAAGAAAAUCCCGCCAGAAUCAAAUUCGAAAUCAAUCCAUUCAAUGUGCUCUUAAUUAUUGUGCCUAAAGAAGUGUUAAUAUAGUCGCAAUUUUCUUAAUGUAUGUCAUCAUCAAAAAUGUCAUUACAAAUCUCUUCAGUGGAGAAUGAAUAUAAAGAACGUUUAGCACAUCAUCAUCAUCAACAUAAUUAUCAUAUGAAUCGUCAACAACAACAAUCAUCAUCAUUGGAUAAUGCGAAUAUUGAUAUCAGUAUUAAAGUUUCACCAUCAUCACAGAUUAGUCCAACAUCAAGUUCGACAAAUAAUUCAAAUAAUACACCACGAAUAAUAAGACAACAAGCGGUCGAUCUGCCAUCAUCGAAUAACAAUUCGAGCAACAAUAAUUAUCAUCAACAACAAACACAGCCACAACAGCAUUCAACAAAUUCCUGCAGUAAUUCACAAAACAUAUGGCUAUCAACAACAACAAACAACAAUUCAUUCGAAUCAACAUCCACCACGCCAUCGUUGCAGAAAAAACUUCAACAACAAUGGGCUAAACAACAAUCAUCGAUAAAUUCAUCCAUUUAUUCGAAUGGUGAAGUACGUAGCUGUGCUACAGCACCACGUUCACGUCGUGAUUCACGCCGUAGUUCGGAUAAAGAAUAUUCCAAAGAAUAUCAUAAAGAAAGCCGUCAUCGAUUUAGUCUUAUACCGCAGGUAUUAUCAUUAGGAACGGAUCUACCGGAUUAUAAAUAUGAAUCACGAACAUUAUUAAGUGAAGAUGAAAAAAGUGAUGCAAUCAAACAUUUUAAAUAUAGACGUCUAACAGUAUUACAUUAUUCACCAUUCAAAGCAAUAUGGGAUUGGAUCAUUUUAAUUCUUGUUAUUUAUACGGCCAUUUUCACACCAUAUUCAGCCGCAUUUUUGCUCAAUGAAAACAUUGCCAAUUCACAUGAUAAUCAUCAUACAAUCGGUUCAGAUUCAUAUGGAUCCAAUUCAUUAAUGGUCAUCGAUCUAUUUGUCGAUGUUAUGUUUAUCAUCGAUAUUUUAAUCAAUUUUCGUACAACAUAUAUUAAUAAAAAAGAUGAGCUGGUUAUACAUCCAGGUAAAAUUGCUAUACAUUAUCUAAAAGGUUGGUUCAUUAUUGAUCUGGUUGCUGCCAUACCAUUCGAUCUUUUAUUAUUUGGCUCACAAACCGAUGAGACAACAACAUUGAUUGGAUUGCUCAAAACAGCACGAUUAUUACGUUUAGUUCGUGUGGCUAGGAAAAUUGAUCGCUAUUCUGAAUAUGGUGCAGCCGUAUUGAUAUUAUUGGUUGCCGGUUUUGCAUUGGUUGCACAUUGGUUAGCAUGUAUCUGGUAUGCAAUAGGAAAUGCUGAACGUCCAAUGUUACAACGUAAAAUUGGCUGGCUUGAUCAUUUAGCUAAUGCUACAUAUCAAUUUUACAAUCCAGAUGGUUCGGGUGGUCCUUCGAUCAAAUCACGUUACAUUACAUCAUUAUAUUUUACAUUUUCAUCAUUAACAUCCGUUGGUUUUGGUAAUGUUUCACCAACAACAAAUACGGAAAAAAUUUUCUGUAUACUAGUCAUGCUUUGUGGUUCACUAAUGUAUGCAUCCAUAUUCGGUAAUGUUUCGGCCAUCAUACAAAGACUUUAUUCGGGAACUGCACGUUAUCACACACAGCUAUUACGUGUGCGUGAAUUCAUUCGUUUUCAUCAGAUACCGAAUCCAUUACGUAAACGAUUGGAAGAAUAUUUCCAACAUGCAUGGACAUAUUCAAAUGGUAUCGAUAUGAAUAUGGUGUUGAAAGGAUUUCCCGAAUUUUUACAAGCCGACAUAUGUUUACAUUUGAAUCGUAAUCUUUUGCAAAAUUGUGCCGCAUUUAAAGAUGCUUCACAAGGUUGUUUACGAGCUUUUUCCAUGCGAUUCAAAACUACACAUGCUCCACCGGGCGAUACAUUAGUUCAUAAAGGCGAUGUUCUUGUUGCACUUUAUUUCAUUGCAAGAGGUACGAUUGAAAUUCUCAUCGACGAUGUUGUUGUUCAAACAUUAGGUAAAGAUGACAUUUUUGGUGAAAAUCCAUUACAAACGCCCACAAUGGGCAAAUCAAAAUGUGAUGUUCGUGCAUUGACAUACUGUGAUUUGCAUAAAAUAUCUCGUUCAGAUCUUUUACAAGUAUUAGAAAUGUAUCCCGAAUUUAUCGAGUCAUUUAAUCAAAAUUUAAAUAUAAAUUUUAAUUUAAGAGAUGAGAAUCAAUUGGGUGUGAAUAGUAUGUUGGAUCGUAAAGCAACGGUAACCGACUGUAAAGUUUUAAAUUGUUUUGAUUCAAUGCAAAAUUCCAAUGAUAUUGAUGAAGAUUUCUCAAGUAAAGUUGUUAUUGAUCCAAUUACCGGUGAUUAUGAUGAAACUGGUGAAUGUUUACGACAAUUCCAACGGAAAUUUACCGGUAUAACUGGUCCCGGGAUCGGCAUAUUGGAAUUUAGUCCAGAAAAAGCCGGUCUAGAUGUUACGCCAGCUAAUUAUAAUUUUCCAAAAGCUAAAUCCAAACAACAAGAAGGAAAUUCAUUGACAGGAAUGCUUGAUCAAUUAAAACAUAGUGUUACUGAUUUGACUUUUGGUAAUUUUGAAAGAACAUUAUCGAUUGCAAACAGUUGUAACCUACAAAAACCAUUCCAGAAAAACUACCUCAAAUCAGUUGUCAAUAUGACCGAGCUUAAUAAAAUAUCGGCCUUAAGUUUGGAUCAUCCGAAACCACCAAAUUGUCAUCCAGUUCCUGAUGGUUCAAUCAUGAAGAACGCUGCCACCACUGGCCAUUCCACUGAUGAUGCUUGUUUUCUACAUAAUAGCCACAGUUCACAACAAAAAACAGAUUUAAAAUUAGAAGAAUUAUUCAGCCGCAUGGAUAGAAUCGAAUAUCAAAUGGGACAAGGAUUGGAUAGAAUAUCAACUUUAUUGAUUGAAUUGAAUGAAUUGAUCAAGAAAAACGCUAUCGACAAACAACAAGAAGCAUAUAGAUUAAUGAAAAAUGAAAAAUCAAAUACCAAUCAAUCAGAACCGAUACCAUGUAUGUGUUGUUGUAAUGAGAAACAAAUUAUUCAAACGAAUAUCGAUAAAUCAUUUUUUUCCAAGGAAGAAGGAAAAGAAUUACUAUCAAUCACUAAUGAAAUGGAAUUAUUAGCCAAUAGUCAAAGUCUUUUAUAUAUGGAUCAAUUCGAUAAUGAAUCGGAUGGACCGGAAUUAUCAGCAUUGAAAAACAUUGAAAAUCCAACAACAAAACCGACAACACCGAUUUUUGAUCACGAUGAAAAUCGAACAACACCUACACUGACGCCAACGACAACGACAGCAACCACUACAAUAACAAUAAGAGAAAAAGCAUCAGUAGCUCAACCAGAAUUGAUUUCAUUCAAUGAAUCGAGUGAUGAAAAUUCAUUGAAUCUAAUUUCAAAUAUCGAAGAGACAAAUUGUCUAAUGUCAAAUAGUCAUUCGGAACCAAAACUAUGUCAUCAUACGACCAAUCGAACCGAUCAAAUGAUUUAUCAGCUAAAAUCAUCAACAAUACAUGGAAGCCUACCGCAAGUACGAUUUGUUACACCACCAUUAAAAUGUCAUCGAUUCGAUGAAAGUGCAUUAUAAAUAUAUUAUACAUAUGUUUGGGCUAAAGCCUCCAGUUUAAAGUAAUAAUGUUGAUGUUGACAUUUGAUUUGGUCACUUCGAGCUUCUAUGUUUAUAUUGAAAUAAAAAAAAACCAAGUU